AUGAAGACCCCCAUGUUGCUGUGCACUGCUAUCUUUCUUGUUGCUUUCCUACCCAGCGGUGACUGUCGAGCCUUUGAGAGCCCAGCGUCAGCUAAAAACGGCCCAGAUUCACAAUCAAAAAUCCAACAGUUCAUUCUACCACUUUGGAUUCGCAUUGGAGAGGAAUACCUUAUGCACCUGGGCAAAACAUCCAAGGAUCGUUCUCCCGUUGCUCCAAGCCCGCGGGGAAUGGCCCUUUCCGACCGAGAGUUCCCAAUGAAACCGGCCCAGCUCCAGCGCCUUCUGCAAGACCAAGUUGGAGAAUUGGACGAAGUUGACAGUGGAUUCCAGGAUGAAGUGGAUCAGAUGUUAGAACGAGGAAAAAGGCUAGACGACCCUCCCAUUUCCCUGGAUCUAACAUUCCACCUUCUAAGAGAAGUGCUAGAGAUGGCCAGAGCAGAGCAACUGGCGCAGCAAGCACACAGCAACAGGAAAAUAAUGGAGCUAAUCGGCAAAUAG